AUGGGCAUUCCAAUGAACAUAAUUGUUGCAAUAGAUUCAUAUAAUGGUAUAGGAAAAAAUGGUUCUUUGCCGUGGAAUCUAUCGAAAGAUUUAAUACGUUUUGGCAAAUUAACAACAAAAACAACGGAUAAAAACAAACGAAAUGUAGUUUUGAUGGGACGGAAGGUGUGGCAAAGUAUCCCUGAAAAAUUUCGUCCACUUAAGAAUCGAUUAAAUGUUGUGCUAAGUAUGACGAUGGAACCAUUCGAAAAUAUUAUCGUUGCUCGAAGCUUUGAAAGUGCCAUUGAUACAAUACAAAAAAUGGAUGAUAUUGAAACGAUUUGGAACAUAGGUGGUAUUGAGGUCUAUAGAAAAGGUCUUGAAUCAAAUUUAUUAGAUAAAUUAUUCAUAACAUUCGUGGAUGGUAAUUUUAAUGCUGAUACCUUCUUCCCGACGAUCGAUUUUCGUUCUUUCUCUAGGGAAAAUUACCCAGAAGAUCCCUCAAAUGAUCAAGAAGAGAAUGGGAUAAAAUUUCGAUUUGCAGUUUAUAAGAAAAAUUAA